AAAGCGUGUCAGCAGCGCGUGCCGUCGUCAUGACAACUACAGUUUUGCUCGGUGGGUUUGAACGGCUGCAUAACGUCAACAUGCAACUGCUGUUCACUACAGUAUUUUGAGAGGAAAAAUACGCACCUGCCAAAUACAUUCAGAAAUGCAGAGGAAUUUGCAUCUAGACGAUAUUAUAUCAAAGAUACCAUCCCUUGACUCUGACCUAUCAUCAACAGACAAUGAAGGAGAUAACCUUCUAAAGCAACAAGUGACUCACUUGCCUAAAGGAAGCAGCAUGAACCUGGAGUGUCCAAAAGUCAAGCCAUUUACUUCCUGGACUGAUGACAGCCAAAAAUGUGACUCUAAUCCUGUGGGUCAUGAAACAGAAGAAUCGCUGAAUGAAAAAGUGCCACAUAAAACAGAACACAAUGUGCCUUUGCAACAAAAAGCAAACAAGACUGAUUGGAUAGAGACUAAGUUCUGUCCUGUUUUAUCACUGACACCUCUUGAUACCUGGGAUCUUGACCAAGUCCUUCAGACGCUACAGCAACACAAACCUCUUGUCAAACCAAUUCAAUCCGAUACACACAGAGGCAAUGACAGUGAAAUGAACGAAAAUGAUUUAAUGAAGCAGCUGAUUGCUUUUUGUGAGAAGAAAGUAAAUGAGAUGGAAAUAAAGACACAUUUUUCAUCUACGAAAACUCAUAAUAUACAAGAAUCAUCCCUCGGAUGUACUGGACGACUGAUGAAUGAAACGGACGUUAAAGGGACCUCAGCACAAUUACAACACAAUCAAGAUUCUCCAACCAUAUAUAUGGAUUUGCGCAACACUGCAUUUCAAACAAAACAAUCAGUCAUUAGCCAGAGUAACAGUGUCGUAAAUCCGGCAAACCCGGACAAGAAAAAGAUCUCCACUAAGAAGACCUCUAACACUAAUGCAAGAGCAAAUGGACAGAAAAGAGAAUUUUCUGGGAAGAGUUUAUUAAUCCAAAACAAGAGACAGUCAGAAGAAAGUAUUUUAGUGAUGUCUGGGAGCUGGAAAAAUCCACAAGAUUUUGCUGGGGAUAAGCAGACAAACUCUUCAGGGAAAAGGAUAAAGGAAAACCAUGAUUCAGAAACUAGCUGCAGUGAACCUGGCAUUCAGCAGUUCAAUGUCUGCUCUCCUACUGUGAAACAUGACCAACAUAAACAGAGUACUCCAUCUUCUCACAUUCCAGCUGCUCGAAACAAGCAAAGAGAGCAACACAGUCAAAAAAUCAGAUGGCAGAACGAUCUAAAGUUCUUGCAAGCAUUCAGACCUGAAUAUCUUAAUAAUAACUGUCAGGAAGCUGCUGAGAGGACCGAUAUUCUUUAUGAGCCUGAAGCAUCCUACCUUCCUUCGGUGAGCACUCUACCUCCAGAUCUACAGAUGAAGGAGUGUUUGCUGCUGACUGUGUCCUUAUCCAGUCCUGGGGUGGUGGCUGGAAGAACGCAGAGAAAAACACAGACAACGGAUUCAGCCUUGAGCAAGUCACAUGUUUACAAUGCACUCAUGGCAUGGUUCAUGUCUUUGACUGAUCCAAAAACAUGUGGGAGAAAAGGUAAGCUUGAUGCCCCUUUCUGGGUGGCUGGCCUGCAGCAGCUUUACAAGGAAGAUGGCUUUGCCUUGUACAUCUGUGCCAUGUCUCUCGAGGACUGUCGAACUGGCUGUAGAAAUUCCAGGAUGAAGAAGGUGCAAAGCGACGAGAGCAUGUUUUAUAGACGAGUUUGCAAGUUCUUUGCUCAGACGCCAUUGAAGACUGUUGCCUUCUGGGUACCUCAGCUUAAUCAUUUGCUGGAGGAACAGGCUUAUCCUACACAUGUCAACUUGCCCUCAUCCUAUCUGGACUGCUUCAUCUCUGUCAACCCAAACCGAGAGGCUGUUGAAAAUGUCUUUAGUAUGAUCCCAAGUUUCUACUGGCAAACUCUGGAAACAGAAGAUCAAAAAUGUCAAAGCACAGAAGCCACAAUUACUCAAGAGUGUCAUACUGAGACAGCACUUGUUCUGAUAGGCAGGGCACUGUUUCUUAACCCACUGGCAAUGCAUCACACACUUGAGCUUAUGUGGAGAUCAAGUCUAGAUGUAUGUGGUAUCCGCUUCCUCUAUCCGCCCCAAGAACUCCUGACAAACUUUGCUGUCAGCAAGUCAGUUAUGCAUGAAGGGGAACAUUCUCAUCAGCCAGUGCUCAUCAUGGCUUUCCGGGGUCCUCACGCUAACUCAGUGUGGCAGGAGAUCACAGGGCCAUCAGACUCCCAGCUGGCAAGGCGGACAGAUCCAGCAUCUAUCAACGCCCUGUAUGGUCACAGUCAAGACCAGCUCCUGCUCUACUCACCCCGUCUUGCCAGUCUUGUGCAUCUGGGGCUCUGCUUGUGGUUUGGUGGUAGAAUAGCAAAAAACAGCCUGUCAACGAUCCAGGACUCUGGUGAUAAAGGAGUCAGAUGUUCCCAUGUUCUGACCUCUUCUCCAGCAAGUUUAUGUGCCACUGUGAAAGCGGAUAUAUUUCUCAUUGUGUCUCCUGUGGUUGGACCACGCUGUUACGGCUAUAUACUAUCUGCAUGUGCUAAAACAGGCUUCAGUCUAUUGGGACUUCAAAGAGCACAGAUCUCCAGGAAACAAGCUCAAUCUCUGGGACUCAACGCAAAGCAGGUAGCAGCAUUCUGUCAAGCUCCCACAGUGUUUCUGGCUGGAGAACAGGUUGAGCUGUCCUCUCAUUGCCUGGUGCUGCUCAUGAGGAGAGAGAGUGCAGUUAGACACUGUUCCAGACUGCCGAUAGGUUUGAUGAAUGAGCUUGCUGCACGAGGCCUUAUUGGAUCGAUCCGUUCAAGAUUCACAGAUGUUCUGGGUCCACAUGUCUGCUUUCACACUGUACCCUACUCUAAAAACCACCACAAUACUCUGGGUGGGCUCAUGUGGACAGUGCCGGAGUGUAGCCACAUGGUCUUGUCCAGACACACAUAUCCCUCUUGUCCAGACGCAGAGCAGUUGGUGAUUCUUACACUAACUGGUCAAAACAUUGUGGAGAAAAAAAUGGACUUUCUUCAGAAGGUUCUCAGUGGAGAUUCAGCAGGACAAGAGGGAUUUGAGUUGCUGGCACUAAAGUGGGAGCCAAAGCUAUCUCAGCAGCAGGCGCAAGAGUUGAGCCCAUUUGAGAUUGGAGAAAAAGAGUGGCAGAGCAGUGUGCAGAGCUUGACAUCCACUCCUGCCCUGGUUUUGGGUUUGAGGAGGGUGAGGGCAUUCGUCACCCUACGUAGACUUUUACCACAAAAUUACCCAGGAAACCUGAAUGUAUUGAUGUCCCCCACACCUGAGACAGCUUUCAGACAGAGCUGCCUCUUCUUCUCUGAGGCAGAAUUGGUCCCUGAUCACACCAGUCGUCCGUCAUUGAAAUUCUUACCACCUCAUCACAUUGACAACCCAGGUCUCAGAAGUCAGUCGCUUUACAGUUACAUGACAGUGGGCCCAGAGACACUUUUGACUUUAGCUCUGUUUAAGCCUGGAGCCUGGAGACAUCGCUUUGGUAGAAUUCUCACUGUUAUCAAACAGAACGGAUAUACUCUAGUGGGCUUGCGUGUGCUUCUGCUGGACUCAAGCAUGGCAAAUGCACUGACACAUCCACCAGAGCAACAGGAUCCCCUUGAGGAACUGGAGUUGAAGUACUUGGUAUCGGGCCCCUCGCUAGCUUUGGGUUUACUGAGAGUGAAUGCAGUAAAGAGGCUGCUGGAGCUGAUGGGCCCUGAGGAUCCCGUUGAAGCCCGUACCAUAGAUCAGACUCUAUGGAGGGCCCAGUAUGGCGUUGACAGGCUGCACAAUUUCAUCUAUGGAUCUCCGUCUUAUCGAAAGGCUGUAGAAGAUAUAAAACUGGUAUUUCCAGACGGUGUGUGCUGCAACGAAACUUCAGUUAUGAGACAUGAGCAGAUAUCCUGCUUGCAUUCAGAUCCGGAAGCUAGUAUGGAUCGUGAACAGCUGCACAGCCUUAGAACCGCCGACAAAGACACAUUUUCUUCAGGAUUCAGUCAAGGUCCUUUGGUCUGCGGUGCUCUUUGUCAGACCACCUGCCUGCUGAUACCAUCCAACCUCCUGCGGCAGAAUCAGCCUCCUCUGUACUCAGAGCUACUGCAGCGGCUGCUUAGGACAGGCUGCCACCUGGUGGCUGGAAGGCUCUGCACACCAGAUGAGAAACAAAGGCAGCACAUGCGCGAGUUACUGAGGUCUUCUGCUGGUGAAGCACUUCUAUGUGAGGGGCCCUGUCUUAUCAUUGCUUUGCAAGCAGACAAUGCCAUCACAUGUUUCAACAUCAUUCUCCAGAGCAUUUGCAGGGAGAGACCCGACUUUAAGAGAGUUACAAUGAAACUUCUUUACCCAAACUCUGAAAGUGGGGCAAAGAAAUUGCUGUGUUACCUGUUUGAUGAUCUCUGUACUGACAGUCAUCCCCGCGUAGCACCACUAUAACCAGGAGUUAUUCCAUAAUAGGUACCUAGAGCUAAAUAUGUAGCUUUUUCUAUUUUCACAUGAAUAUGAUCACAGACAUUACUGGCAUACUUUUAUACUGAAAUUAAAAGACUGUAAUAAUCUUACUAGUGCACAAAAACA